AUUUGGGAAAGGACCACGCAGCACUUCCGCCCGCAUCCCCGCUUCUGGAUGAUGUUGUACCGCUGAGUUCCAGCCAUGGGUUCUUCUGGCCUAUCUCGGCUGCAGGGGCUCUUCGCUGUCUAUAAACCUCCGGGGCUGAAAUGGCUGCACUUGCGUGAGACCGUGGAGUUGCAACUGCUUAAAGGUCUCAAUGCCCAGCAGCCUCCUGCUCCUGAACAGCGUGUUUGCUUCUUGCUAGGCCCUGUGGAAGGCAGUGAAGAGAAGAAGUUGACUCUCAGAGCCACCAGUGUACCCUCCCUCACCACCCACAGACUUGUACGUGGUCCAGCAUUCACAAACCUGAAGAUGGGUGUGGGACAUCGCUUGGAUGCCCAGGCUUCUGGUGUGCUUGUGCUCGCCGUGGGACAUGGACGCAGCCUCCUCACUGACAUGUAUGAUGCUCAUCUCACCAAGGAUUACACAGUGCGUGGCCUCCUGGGCAAAGCUACAGACAACUUCUGUGAAGAUGGGCGGCUGAUAGAGAAGACAACGUAUGACCAUGUGACCAGAGAGCGGCUGGACCGGAUCCUGGCUGUGAUCCAAGGCUCCCACCAAAAAGCUCUGGUGAUGUACUCCAACCUGGACCUGAAGUCCCAGGAGGCCUAUGAGAUGGCUGUGCAAGGUGUGAUCAGGCCCAUGAACAAGUCCCCCAUGCUCAUCUCUGGCAUCCGCUGCCUGCAUUUUGCACCUCCCGAGUUUCUUUUGGAGGUGCAGUGUAUGCACGAGACGCAGCAGCAGCUGAGGAAGCUGGUGCAUGAAAUCGGCCUGGAGCUGAAGACCAGUGCUGUCUGCACGCAAGUCCGGCGGACUCGGGAUGGCUUCUUCAGCCUGGAUGAUGCCCUCCUGAGAACCCAGUGGGACCUACACAACAUCCAGGAUGCUAUCCAGGCGGCAGCCCCCCGGGUGGCAGCGGAACUGCAAAAGAACUUGAGCCUAAAGCUGGGCCACCAGCAGCUCCCCAGCACUGGGCAACCUUGGGGUCUCAAGGACCCAAGCUCCACUUUGGAGUUGGAAAGCUGUUCAGGGCAGUAAAGGGCCAGGUAGCACCCAGAUGGAGGGCAAACAGGCUCUUCACAGGUCAGAACUGGUCACUCUGCAAGAGUAAUGAGAUCAGGGGCCCCUGAGCCAUCAUCCCUGAGACACAGACUAACUGCAGAGGCAAGCAGGUGUGGCCACAGGGCCUAUCGUCCCAGCUAAUUGGGAGGCCCAGGUUAGAAUCUUGACAGUUCAAGGCCAGCCUAGGGUUACUUAGUAAAACCUUGACUCAGAGUCAGGCAUGAUGUCUCUGUAAUCUUAGCCCUCCAGAGGUAGAAAGGAAAGUCGGGAGUUCAAGGCCAGCCUGAGCUACUUGCAGUGUUCAGCUUUUCACACUGAUGGGAAAUGCCGCUGCCUCAGCACUCCUUGGCCGUGAGUGAUUUACUCAGAUUUACAUGACAGAUGAUCUGAAUCUGUUUUCACAGAAGGAAAGUUUUUUCGCUGUUUCAAAGUGGUGUCUCACAGCUGAGAUCUCAGUACUACUCAGCUGAGGCGGGAGAUUGGCUCUGAGUUUAAGGCCAGUCUGAACAAGUCUCCUGGAGUACUUUGUAGUGUGUGUCAGUAUUUAAUCCUGCCAGUCAAUCCUGCAAGCUUGUAAUUAGCACCUGGGUGGAGACUGGAGGAUCUGGAGUUCAAGGUCAUCUUUAGCUACAUGAGUUCCAGGCUACAUGGAACGUUAUCUCCAAGACAAUAUAAAAAGCCCAGAAUUACUUUUAAAAGGUUUUCUUUCUUAUGCAUGCAUGUGAGUACUUACACGCAUGUAUGUCUGCACCGGGUGCAUCAUGGAGGCUAGGAAAGGAUGUAAGAGUCCUGUGGCUGGGCUUAAAGGCAGUUGUGAGCCACCAUGGAGAUGCUGGCAAUGGACCACUAGUCCUCUGAAAGACAGCUUAACCACUGGUCCAUUUCUUCAGAAUUUAAUUUAACUGCCUGCCCUGUGAUGUAACAGCUGUAACUAUCCAGUGCCCUGGCUGUAAACACUUACAGGCUGAUGAUUGUUGGUGUCUGCAGUGUAAACACUAACAGGAAAGCAAGGGAUGGUGUUCUCUCGGUGGUGCCGGUGGAAGGAGUGGUGCAGAAAAGACAACAGGUUUAUAAAAUACAGUGUUUUUCUUCUUUGA